CCAAAAGAAGGAAGGGUCCCAACGCUCCAAUCUCUCUCCAAUAUAUUUUUAUAUCUAUCCCACACUUGUUGCAGAGAAAAACUCUCUCUUUCUUUGUUUGUUUUGGACAGAAAGCCAAGACAGGAAAUGGGUUAUUGUAGAUUUAUUUAUUUAUUUCUUGGUUUCUUGAUUUCUUUCUGGUUGAUUAUUUAUUGGGAUGCAAAGCAAACCCUAGACAUUGGGUAUGAAUAUAAUUUGCUUUUGUUGUUUCCCAAAAUAGGUAUUUGCGAAGUUUCAGAUCUGAUUCAAUAACAAAAGAAAAGACCCAAGCUUGCUUCUUGUUAUUAAUGUCGAGCAAAAGCAAAAGAGAAACAUUACUGAGAGAGACUGACAGAAGAGAGUGAGCACACGCAGGCAAUUGUAUGAGGCCAUACCAUUGUAGUGAUGUGUGCUCACCUCUCUUCUGUCAUCUUCCAUUUUUUACUUGUGUUUCUCUUCUUCUUUUUCCCUUUUCUGUUGUAUUCAAUAAAUCAGAUAUUUUCUUGAUAUAUAAUAAAUAGAUAAAAAGCCACUCUCUUUUUUUCCGCAAUAUUUAUCUAUAUGAACAGUCAUAUCUUCCAGAUGUCUGUUUUUCGGUCUUUUGAGCUUAUCAAAGAGUUAAAGCUCAUAAAGUUGCAGCCUUUUUGACACGCAAAGAUAUAUCGUCCAUAUCCAUAUCCCCAUCGCAAGGGUUCAUGAUCUCCUCAUCCUCCAUCUUUGUGACUCUUCUAAUGGUGAAAAUUAAAGGAAUUUAAAAGUUUAACACAAUAAUAUAAUAUUAUAUAUGUAUAUGGAUAGUGUUUCUGGUUGGCAAUGACGAAGAAUGUUAGCAAAUUGAUCACUCGGACAGGUGAGCUCUUUUCAGUCAUUUCUUGAUUUAUUUUUAUACUAUUAAAAAGUAGAUAGAAAAAUUAACCCACUUGUCUGUUUAAGUUUAAGAAAAAAAAAUAUUUAUAUUUAAAAAACUUGUGAAGCUUGCAAGCGUGAUUUUUCGUGGUCCUCUCUUUUCUUUGGUAGUAGCGGAACAAAGGACCAUGUGUGUGUGUUCUUUGAAGAAGUACCGCCAGGUUACUGUUCAAUUUUUAACGGAAAACGGUAUUUUCGAAUCUAAAUAUUAUUUUAAACUUUGUUUUUUUUGUACCUUUUAGCUACUCUUCUUCUUCUUCUUCUUCUUCUUCUUCUUCAUGUUCUUUGUUUUCGACAGCCAUGGGCAUGCAAGGUAAAGGGACUAUUUUGGCUCGUGAUUUGGGUCUCUUUGGGUCUAAACUCAAGUGGGUUUUCCAUAAUAUAACUUGAUUUUUCUAUUUUUGCUGAUUAUUUUAGAUAUUAUAACGAUGUUUCCCUCAAGGAAAGUGCAGUAGCUUUCAGGUGUUCUAAUGGACUCUACUUUCUAGAAGAAAAAAAAGGUCCAAAAAUGGAAAGAAUUUCUUGUUUCCUUUUCUGGGCAGUUAUGCACUAUUCUAAAGCUAUGAGGGAAGUUUUUCUUGGUGGGAAUUUAAAUGCCAUGUUCACAGCAGCACUUUUUGAUUUGUUUUGUUUUUUGGGAGGCACGAAACUGCUUCUGCUCCUAUUUUCUGCGUUUCAGAUUUUGGGCCUAUUUGAUAUUUUCCUAUAUCAGCUUCUUUAAAAGAAGAUAACCCAUUAAAAGAAAGGUGUAUCUAUGGCAAAUUGAUGUCUCAAAAUUCUUGUUCACUUACUCUCAUUGAUGUGAAAAUUUUUCCAUAGUCAGCUUAUUAAUUAGAAGGAACAUGAUUGGGAAGGAAACUAUGAGCGUCAUUUCAAGUGGUGAAACUUCUUUGACUGAAGAAGUUUCAGAUUCAAUCAGCAGCACGUACCCAUUACAGGCAAGCAAACGUGCGAGGCAUGGUGGCAAUGUCUGCACUUCAAAAUUCAGAGGUGUUGUACCACAUCAAAAUGGCAACUGGGGCUGCCAAAUAUAUGCCAAUCACCAACGUAUUUGGCUCGGAACUUUCAAGUCUGAGAAGGAUGCAGCGAUGGCUUAUGACAGUGCAGCAAUAAAGCUUCGCAGUGGAGAUUGUCGCAGAAAUUUUCCAAUGACCAACAUCACCGUCCAAGAGCCGAACUUUCAAAGUAAUUAUAGUGCUGAAGCAGUUAUCAACAUGAUUAAGGACGGUACUUACCAGUCAAAAUUUGCUGAUUUCAUAAGGACUUGCUUGCAAAGUGUUGAAACUGAGCUUAAGCUUAUGCCAGUUAAGACACAAAGCACUAGAAGGUUGACAUGCAAACAACUUUUUCAGAAGGAGCUCACGCCAAGCGAUGUUGGCAAGCUCAAUAGACUUGUGAUUCCAAAGAAAUUCGCCAUGAAGUUCUUUUCACGUAUUUCAGAAAGCAGUGAAGGAAAUGUUGUUGGUGCCAACAAACUGGACGAUGGGCAGCUAUCUUUUUAUGACAAGAACAUGAAGUUAUGGAAGUUUCGGUACUGUUAUUGGAGAAGUAGUCAAAGUUAUGUCUUUACAAGGGGUUGGAAUCGAUUCGUAAAAGAAAAGCAGUUGAAGGCUAAUGAUACAAUUGUUUUUUGCUUAUGUGAGUGCUGGGAAAAUUCGAGAGUCGGUCAAGGGUAUUACAUGAUUGAUGUAAACAAUGUAGAAAGGAGCAUUGGGUUGAUGGAGUCUAGCAACCAAAAUGAUGCCAUGGGAAUGGAGUUGCAACUUCACCUGGGUCAAAGUGCUGUAUGUGAUUAUGUCAGAGGGGAGAGAUUGAUGGAAGCCAAGCCAAGACAUGAUGAUACAAAUAGAAAGAGUUUUAGACUCUUUGGUACUCAGAUCAUCUGAUUCUUAUGUGUGUUCUGAUUUGAGGUAUAGAAUUCAAGCUUUCUUAGAGUUUUUUGAUACUUUAUAAUUGAAAUUUUAAGUUUGACCAAUAUUUUAGUAUGACCAAAUUAUGAAACUAACCAUUUUCUUUCUGUGUUGGACUAA